CCCCGCUACCUGCCCAGUCCCCGAAGCGAACCGUGAGGAGGCUGCGAGCCAGUCGGACGAACCCACAACUUUGCAGCCUCGGGGAAAACCAGGGCCGGCGUCCGGGGCUGCUCCUGUCGCCAUCCGAGCUGGGAAUGUAAUCGAGGAGAUGCUGGCCCUGCGGCUGCUCAACGUGGUGGCCCCCGCCUACUUCCUUUGCAUUUCCCUGGUGACCUUCGUACUGCAACUCUUCCUCUUCCUGCCCAGCAUGCGUGAGGACCCCACAGCCACCCCGCUCUUCUCGCCUGCCUUGCUUCACGGGGCACUCUUCCUAUUCCUCUCAGCCAAUGCCCUGGGCAACUACGUCCUGGUCAUCCAGAACUCCCCAGACGACCUGGGUACCUGCCAGGGAACCUCAUCCCAGCGAGCUCAGUGCCCACCACCGAGCACCCACUUCUGCCGAGUGUGCUCCCGAGUCACGCUGAGGCACGACCAUCACUGUUUCUUCACCGGCAACUGCAUCGGCAGCAGGAACAUGCGCAACUUCAUCCUGUUCUGCCUGUACACCUCACUGGCCUGCCUUUACUCCAUGGUGGCCGGCGUGGCCUACAUCUCAGCUGUCCUUUCCAUCUCCUUCGCCCACCCCCUGGCCUUCCUCACGCUCCUGCCCACUUCAAUCAGCCAGUUCUUCUCCGGAGCUGUCCUCGGUUCUGACAUGUUCGUCAUCCUGAUGCUCUACCUCUGGUUUGCUGUCGGCCUGGCCUGUGCCGGCUUCUGCUGCCACCAGCUGCUAUUGAUCCUCCGGGGGCAGACCCGCUACCAGGUUCGAAAGGGGGUGGCAGUGAGAUCCCGGCCCUGGCGCAAGAACUUACAGGAGGUCUUCGGAAAGAGGUGGCUGCUGGGCUUGCUGGUCCCCAUGUUCAAUGUCGGGACUGAAAGCUCCAAGCAGCAGGACAAAUAGCUGGCAAGUACGCCUGCCAUUUCUGUCUCAGUUCCUCCUGAACGUAAGACCACAGCGCCCCUGUCUCUACCAGUGAAACCCACAACCUCCCCUAGGAAGAGCCUCAUGUCCACCCCAGGUCUUCCACCCUCAGAGGAUUUAUAACAGGUGCAUUCUGGCAUGGAGGGGAAAUGGCCACCUGGGUACCACUAGGCUGCUCAAGUCCCAGCCAGGUAGGUAGCUGCCAACCUGUUAGGGUGUUUCUGCUUCAGGUUAUCUCCUGGGAAGACCUUCCCCCACCCCUGCCUGGCCCAUCCACUCUCGUGUCUCGGGUCAUCACCACUUCUGCUAAAGUCCCCCUCCUCGUGUAGAUAGUGGAGACUACAUUCUUGCUGCUGGCAGGAGACUCCACAGGACCUGGAGGCUGGUAAAUGGUACCGUUAGCAUGCGUGAAUGACAGCCCAGGAAGCUAUGCUAACUGCUAGUGAAAAAUGGGAAGGGGUAGGAAUGCACGCUCAUUCCCUAUAAGGGACAGAUAGUAAUGCGUGUGUUCAGGGGAGCACAAACACUUGCUGCUCAGCCUGUGUACAAGGUCUUUCCUCUAGAGAUAGCAACCAACGGCCUGGCGCUUUUUAAUGCUUUUUCCUGCCCAGCCCAGCCCAGCCCAGCCCAGUCCAGCCCAGCCUGGGAUGCCUCUGGCAUUUGGUCUCCAGCCUCUGUAUUUUUACAGAGAUUGGGAAGUGAAGAAGGAAGGGAGAAAGGGGAGUUAUCCGUAAGUAAUAAGGGGGGUGUGUUUCUAUAUAGCCUAUAUAAUUAUAUAAAAGUGUGUGUGUGUGUGUGUGUGUGUGUGUGUGUGUGUGUGUGUGUAAGAGGGAGUGGAGGUGACCAGUGUUGUUAUGAGCACAGAGGAAGAGUGAGCAUUGGAGGGGAAAGAUGGAGGGGCAGAUGGGUUGACUCUCUUGCAACUAAAGCCAUCCAGUAUUUGAACACCACCUGCAGGGAGUGCUGACCAUUGGAGGUAUUUUAACAGGAUCUAUACAGUUAUCUUCCAGGAGUGCUAUGAAAGAGAUGUUUGUUUUAGUUCUAGAUGAGCUUAGAGAUCCCUUUGUGUUCCUGAUUCUAUUGUCCUCUUUGCCAUUUCUGGUUAUUGGCUUUAGGGGUUAGCUGGUUUCAUGGGGCCGGGGGUAGGGUGAAUGUGGAAGAGUCUAAAAAUCAGAACAUGGACUUUCUGCACCCAGCCAUUUUGGAGACUUCUGAUGUCAGCAGUAGCUGAGAGGGGCUAGCACCGGAGGACAGGGAGAUGUAACUCUUAGGGCCAGGUGGGGGCAGUUGUAGGGAGAGAAAAGCCUGAAAUCAUGGUAUGCCCUGAGGGGUUAGUGGGAAUGACAGAAUGGGGGGGUGCAAUUGCUAGUCCAUUCCUGCCCAUCUGAUUAGAUCUAGAUUGUAUUCUGAGACCCAGUGGGUCAGACAGACCCCUGGGCAUAUGAAGGAGUGGGAGCCACAUAAAAACCCUCUCCUGACUUGGUCCCAAGGCCAAUCCAACAUUCAUACAAGCAAUGAGGCUGAAGCCCACAGACUGCAGUGUCCAGUGGGUGGCCUCAAUGACUCCAGCCAUUGUUCCAUAAGACCCUGAAUUCUUAGCCAGGCAAUGGUGGCGCAUGCCUUUAAUCCCAGCACUUGGGAGGCAGAGGCAGGUGAAUCUCUGUGAGUUCGAGGCCAGCCUGGUCUACAAAGCUACACAGAGAAACCCUGUCUUGAAAAGCAAAACAGACAAACAAAAAAGACCCUGAAUUCUUGAACAAAGCUUAGUGGGAUUUUAUGCAGGCCCUACUUUGGUGCCCUCCAGAGGGCUAAUGUAGUAAUGGCUUUUCUGCUCACACUUCUCCCUCCAGCACUGAUUCUUUGGGGCCUUCCGUCUGUUCCUCCAUUCACCCAUUCAUCCUGCCUAUAUUUAUCAAGCACCAGCUGUGGGCGGAGUCUCAGUCACUAGCCAGUCAUAUGCCCACUGUCAAGGGCAGCUGACUCUACAGUUCCGCUCUGCUGCCUUGGCAGUGGUCCAAGCUGACCCCCUGGAGGGCAAAGGCGUGGCGGGGCUGAAGGGGAGCCCAGGCUUCCUCAGUAGAGGAGCCAUUAGAGGUGACUUCACUCACAGUCUCGCCACACUUCAGCAGCCUGAGGAAGCAAGAGGUGGGGGAGGUGUGGACAGCUCAAGACUUGGAAGCCAUCCCGGCACUGCCCAGGCUCAGCACCAUGGAGCCUGACGCCCCAGAAGGGAAAAGGGGGAACUUGAGGUGGCCAGCUCCUUAAACACCAGUCAACGAGGGGUGACUGUGGGGGAUUUGCCAGGUGUGGUACUUGAGUAGCAUUUGUGCACACGGCCCUCUGUUGCUAAUGAAGAAUAUCAAUAAAAUAUCUGGUUUUCAACUGUA